AUGCCGAGCCGCACCAUCACCUACUCUCCGACUUCCGUCAGCGUACUUACUCUGUCGCCAGUGCAGACGGUGCCCGUUGUACGACCGCCGCCAGUAGCUCAAGACCUUCCAAGUCGGCCUUCCGCCGUUCGCAGACACCCUGCAGAUCUGGACAUCGACGAAGUCCUCUCGGUGCUCCCCAUCCUGAUUCCCACCCCACCUGAAGAGCAGGGAUAUUUGUCACCUACUGAAUGUCCAACCCCUAAACCGGCCCCCUCGAGGGUUGUUGGACGAAGUAGGAGCGCCAGCGCCGCCAGCAGCGCCUCCAGCGAAGAAGGCGGCGUGUGUCUCCGGAACGACCCGUUCAUUUCCAUCGUUUACCCUGGCAGGGGAGAAGCAGUCCGGCCCCUUUCCGAGCCCAAGAACAAGUUGCUCGCAGUGCUGGUAAAGGAGAGCAAGCCGCUCUACAGCGAUGAGGAAGAUGAGGACGAGGCAGAGGACGUUUCCGACAACAAGUCCCCGUCUUCUUCUUCUUCUUCUUCUUCCUCCUCCUCCUCCCCCCCCUCCCUCCCCCCUCUCGACGUCGACGGCGCUCUCGUCCAAGAAAAUUGCGACCGCUCCGAGAAAUCCUUCAUCUCCGGCGGCCAUGAUAGCGUCUACAUGUACUGUAGAUCGGCCGAGCUGCGUCGAGCGACCCCUGCGCACCGUUCCCAGGAGGUGGGAGAGGGAGCUCAUUCAGCCGAGAUUUGUGACGAGAACCGCCGACCUCGACGACGGAUGGUUGUCCAGCGCUUCGACUCCAAGCAGGGCCGGUGGGCGGACGUGGAGACGGAAGGACGCACCGCUAGCUCCAAGUUCGGCGCCGUCGGCGAGAAACUGGCACCUCGCCCCCUCCCUUGUCGUCCUCCUCCUCUUCCUCUUCAUCUUUCUCAUCUUCGCCCGGCCGAUCGCGCCAAGGUCUUCGAGAAACUUCUCAGGUGGAGGAAUACUGAGCUGUGCGUGAUGGUAGCGCGCAAUGCACGCAAGUAG